CACUUCCUCUUUCUGUGCUCAGCCCUGCUCUCCGCUACCCCAUCUUUCUCUCUCUCUCUUUCUCUCUCUGCCUCUCUCUUCCCCUCCUGUCUUCCUGCCCAUCUCCCCCACUUGACUACCACCGCUCCCGUCUGGUCCUUCGAGCCGGUUGCUCACUCCUCCAGAUGUCGGCCCAGGAGAGCUGCCUCAGCCUCAUCAAAUACUUCCUCUUCGUCUUCAACCUCUUCUUCUUUGUCCUAGGCAGCCUCAUUUUCUGCUUCGGGAUCUGGAUCCUCAUCGACAAGACCAGCUUCGUGUCCUUUGUGGGCAUGUCCUUCGUACCCCUGCAGAUCUGGUCCAUGCUCCUGGCCCUCUCGGGGGUCUUCACCAUGACCCUCGCCCUCCUGGGCUGCGUGGGGGCCCUCAAGGAGCUGCGAUGCCUCCUGGGCCUGUACUUUGGGAUGUUGCUGCUGCUGUUUGCUACGCAGAUCACGCUGGGCAUCCUUAUCUCCACCCAGCGGGUCCGGCUGCAGCGGAAGGUGCAGGACAUUGUGCUGGGCACCAUCCAGAACUACCGUGCCGACCCAGAGGAGACAGCGGCGGAGGAGAGCUGGGACUACGUGCAGUUCCAGCUGCGCUGCUGCGGCUGGAACUCGCCCCACGACUGGUUUGGGGUCGUCCUCCUGAGAGGCAAUGAGUCCGACGCACGCCGCGUGCCCUGCUCCUGCUACAACUCGUCGGCCACCAACGACUCAGCCGUCCUGGGCAAGAUCUUCCCGCAGCUCGGCCGGCUGGGGCCGCGGCCUCGGCCCAAGGACAACGCCGACGUCUGCGUGGUGCCGGCCAACGAAGACAUCUACCGGGAGGGCUGCGCGCAGAGUCUGAAGAACUGGCUAGAAAGCAACCUCAUUUCCCUCGUGGGCAUCUGCCUGGCCGUCGGCCUGCUCGAGCUCAGCUUCAUGACGCUGGCCAUGUUCCUGUGCAGAAACCUCGACCACGUCUACCCCCAGCGCCGGCGGCCCGCUCGCCCGAGACCCCCGGGCCCGGCCCUCCCCAAAGCGCCACCCCGGCCCUUCCAGGUGCCCUGAGCGCCUCCCCUGGGGCGGGCGCCCCGCACUGCCUCUGCACCCCGGGGACCCACGUGUCUCCCCUCCCGCGGGACCCAGGGGCUUCCUGCGUCCUCCCCCCGCUCCCUUCUGGCCUCCCACGAGAAUAUUAUUUUUUUACUCCCACUCAAACCUCAAAUAAAUCCCCUUGCGGUUUUUUUUUUUUUUUGUAAAAUAGCUUUAUCCUCUGUCAGAACACAAACCGACAAAGCUUGCGAGGCGGAGGAAGACACACAGUCCUCCCCACAGUGUCUGUGGGAGGAUUAGGGGGUGAGGUGGGGAGGCCCCCACACCACUGCUUGCCCAGUUAAGUCGCAACCCCGACACCCACUUAUAAAUAUCUUGUUAUAUUAAAAAAAUUUUUCUAGGGCC